GUUCUGAAGACACAAAGGGAAAGAGAGGGAGAUAAGGAGCAGAUAGCCGGGCAGGCGGUGGAGCAGAGCCAGCGGAGCGGCCGGGAAGCACGAGGCAGCCUUCAGCGGAAGACGGACCCAGAGUCGCCAAUUACGCCCUCAGCAUCCAUCCAGAAUGCAGGCCCGGGGACUCUUUCUCCUCUUGGUUUUCAUCCUUCUGGCUGUAUCUUCAGAAGCUGGCAAGAAUAAGAAGGACAAGGUCAAGAAAAAUGGUUCCGAUUGUGAGGAAUGGCGCUGGGGCCCUUGUAUCCCCAACAGCAAGGACUGUGGUGUGGGCUUCCGUGAAGGAACCUGUAAUGAGGAGACUAAGAAGCUGAAAUGCAAGAUUCCAUGCAACUGGAAGAAGGAGUUUGGAGCUGAUUGCAAGUACAAGUUUGAGAGCUGGGGUGGCUGUGACUCUGCAACAGGUCUGAAGGCCCGUUCAGGUACUCUGAAGAAAGCUCUUUACAAUGCUGAGUGCCAGGAAACUAUUCAAGUGACUAAGCCCUGCUCUCCUAAGGCCAAGUCAAAAUCCAAAGCCAGAAAAGGAAAGGGGAAGGACUAGUACGAUGGAUACAGCCCCACCAUCUUCAGGGCAUGGUGCCUGAGCCCACUUGGACACACGCCACUUGAAGCUGCAGCUUGGCCUCUCCCAGCUUGGCAAUGCUUUGCCAAACCCCAUUAUUCUUCAGCCUGCACAGCCUUAUCUUUAACUGCAAUACCAUUCCUAAUUACUAGUUUUGUAGCGCGCAGGCCCACCCUUUCCUAAAGAAGGGUGCUGCUUGCCUUUCCCUUAACUUCUCUUCUACCUCCUGUCCUCCCUCCUUCCUCUGUGUCCCAGUGUCCUUUGCUCUGGUUUGCUUCCCUGAAUGCAGCAUGAUGUUUGGAAAUGGGCUAGGCUGUGCUAAGGUCUUGCUAAAGAUCUCCACCUGUGGGUCCUUUGUCAAAGCCAAAUGGCUUUUUGGCAGCCUCUUGCAAUCUUAGCAAUGCAUGCAGUUUCUCCACACGGCUUCCUCUGGUCAUAAACCAAAACAUUUAUUGAGGCACCCAAGGAAACCUUUUCAAGGAAUGGGGGAGGAUGGGAGAGGAAUUACAGUGGAAACAAGGGGUGAAGAGCCAUGUCUGCCUCACCUUCCUAAAAGACACGCUGUGCACAGUAGGAAAGGCAAGAGGUACAGACCUCUUUGAUGCUGUUUUCCCACAGGAGAAGUGCCUACUUCCUGGCAUGCUCUGCAUAAACCAAACCUUUCCCUUCCCCAUCUCUUAUGCAUAGAUGUUUGUUGAUAGGCAGACUUCCCAUCUGAGGAGCAGCGUGGCUGGAUCGUCUCACUGAGCUGUGCUUGCCCAGUCUUUUCUGCCCACAGGCCACCCCUGGCCUUCCUUUCAGCAUCCAGGAAAGGAUCCCUCAGAGCCAAUGAACCUGGUUCCUUGUUUCAAUCCCUUCUGUCUGUAUUCCUGCUGGGAUGCUGUGGCCUUUCCCUCCUUUACUGGUGCUGGGUAAGCCCUCUCUGCUUUUCACAGUUUCCCCCUUUUCCAAUAAAGGUCUUUUUACAAAAACAGUCUGCUUCCC